GCCAGUUAUCAUUCCCCUUCUCGGUUGAACUUUUACCAUGAAGCGCCACCGAAUCAUUCUAGAUACAACCUCAUCAUACCGAUUCUGUCCAGAUUUGGCCUGAGCAACAUCUAUGCGCCCCCAUAGGAUUCAAGGGUUUUCCCUCCCAGACUUUGACUGGGACCAUGAACCAAUUCCAUUCGAGUCGGAGAAUGAGUUCCUUGUGGAAGAAAACUGGGACCCGGAGGAAUCCAUUCUCGAUAUUUUUCUCGCCAUUGGAAAAUAUUCGCAAAGGAUACACUACGAGAGGUCUGUUUUGAGCUCGAUAUGCAAAGAGAAAGUGUUAGCGGCGCUUCGACAAGGGUCCAACAAAGCACCAGCAGCCCUUGGCGCAUGGCUAGAUGAAAGAAGUCGGGGAGGUGGUGGACCGAGAAGCGGCAGCGGUUCGGUAUCCGCCAAGGAACUUUACCAGAAGCUCAAGUUGAAGCGUUUUGGGGAGGAUGAUCAACCCGACGUGGAUACAAGAAGAAUUCACAUACCCAACCCCGACUCAUGGACUGUGGCAGCGUUAGUUCUCACGGCAUCCAGGACACUGGCUCCAGUGAUUAGCAAUCUUCUUUGGAGGCACUUCACAUCACAUCGGUCGUUUAAGGCAACAUUUACUCCGGGAGCUUUUGCUUUCAAUCUUGAGUUUCACAUGCCUUAUUUCGCAUGGCGAAGGCAUGUCAAGCCUCGAACCGACAGCCGGAAAAGACCUGAUGGAUCGCCAUGCAGGAAGUGGAUUGAUUUGUCCUUCUUAACAGGCAAAGACACUUCGAAGGUGGACGGUAGUGCGAUUAAUUUUCUCUAUGAAGCCCAGACAUCAGUAGUUGUUGCAGGGUACAAUAACAGAGUAUGGACGGCAAUUCUCCUCACAGACAACUACUUCGUGGAUGACGAUGCCGAAGUCAUAUUCAAUGAGGAUUCACUCCACUACCAUGAGUAUUCUUCAAAAGAAGACGGUAUCUAUCAUGAUGCUCUGACUGUUGCCGAGUUCGACGCCAACACUCCCAUCUGGGAUCCUCGCGAGUACUUUUGCACUGUCGUCAGAAUGCGCUUGAAUCAACUGCUAGAGGAAUGGAGUAGUGUGUCCUCACAUUUGAAAGCAGAUAUCGAGCCUUUUGUUGAGAAGCCAAGCAUCCCUUCCUUUAAGGAGCAGGUCUCUCUAGCGUCCGCUCAAACGCGGGCGAGAGCAGUCGAAAAGACCUAUGAAUGGGUCAAUGACGUUGCUUUAUUGUUGAUCAAGCUCAUCGGCACCCUCUCAAAGGCAAUCGAGUCGUGGUCGUCAUUUGCCACGGGGGACAUCUACCACUUCGAGAAGAAGGCAUCCAAUCAGCUGCGAAUUUCCAUGCAUCAGAUUUAUGGAAUCUUUGAUCAACUUGCCGAGAUCUUGGUCGAGUUGAAAGAUCUUCAAGGCAAGUCUGACUUUAUAAAACAACAGCUGGAUCGUUACAUUCUCGUGGCUGGGAACCGAGCCGUUGUGUUUCAGAACUGGAACAUCAGAAUUCUGCACGUCGUCUCACCGCUUGCCAUCGCGGCAGGAAUCAUGCAAUCCAACGUAGUUUUUUUCCAGCCUGCAUUCGUCUGCUUAGGAGCUUUGUACAUGCUAGUUGGGCUGAUGAUGUAUUUUGUCGAACCGGCUCUUACGUCUUAUCAUAAUUUUGACCAGACGGCGAGACGUCGACGCCAGCCCUUAUUUGCGGAUACCGAGCACACCACGGAGCUUCUGGAAGUGCCAUGGGACGCAUCACCGAUCACUUUCCCUGAACCCACAUUUUCGAAUGCAGCCAUCCGGGAAAGAAGGAGGACGACGAUAUGAGAUUUGCAUGUUUCUGACCAUGCCAGCUAGUCUAUUCAAGAAGCAAGUCAUAACCAAACGUACCAUCCCGUACUUG